AUGAUAUCCAACGGUGGAUUAGAUGGAGAUCCGUAUGGAGUUUCACCAUUUCAACAAGGAAGAACGUUUAUGACACCGCCACGAAAUCCUCCUGUCUUUUAUAAUAAUUCGAGUUAUUCGCAACCGUCCAUGAUGGGACGUGAUGGAUCAUUAACGAAUAGUGUUAGUGGCACUAAUAAUAACAAUUCCAAUGCUUAUUUAACGGAUUUACAUUCACAUUCAGUACAGAGCAAAUUUGCACAUGCCAAUCAUAUGAUGGGCGCAUCCCGCUUAGCACACCUGGGAGUCGGUGGAUCAUUCAAUAAUCUCGGUCCAGUGUCUAGUCAUGUACGCAAAAGCUUACAAAUGACAAUGGAUGCAGCAGCUGUAGACGCAAAUACACGUAUAUCACCCGAAAAUAACUUGGACUUUUAUGGUUACUCUCAAGCAACACCUUACAGUAUGCAGCAACUAACCGACGAUGAUUUGUUAAUGAGUGGAUCGAGUCAGUAUGAUGAAAAAGAACGCACUGUACCACCGGACAUGUCAUCGGUUCGACAAGCUCGGCCUGAUUUUGCAUAUUUUAUGCCUGAUGAAUUGCGAACGGAAUUACUCAGACGUAAUCAAAUGUUGACUGCUAGCGCAAUCCCACUUGAUAGUAGCCAGGCGAACGUUCCGCAUAAAUCUCGCACUUUUCGUUAUCAAACAAUCAGCUACAAAGCAGCUCAUAUCCGAACGAAUACCAUAUGUUAUCUAAAACGAAUUAUGGGCUGUAAAUUGCCCACGGUGCGAUCAUAUGAAAUUGUCGAAGCUUGGAAAAAGAUCAAUCAUGCAAACAUCGUUCAAUUACGUGAAGUGUUUCUAACGAACGAUUUUGACGAUGAUCAACCUUCGAUUGUUUUCGUCUAUGACUAUCUUCCAUGUUGUGAAACGUUACAAAAACGGCAUUUUAGUGCGAAUAAUAGUUUAUUAAAAGGCUGGUCCAAUCCUUAUAAUAUCUCGGGAGAAGAUCGACCAUUCAGUGCUGGCAAAGGAACGAGUCAAUCUGGCUUACUGGCUGAACCACUUAUCUGGGAAUAUGUAGUACAAAUGUCAUCAUUGAUUCGAACAUUGCAUGCUGCAUCGUUAGCUUGUCGUUGUUUACAUUUGUCCAGAAUACUUGUUGAUGGAGAUUCGAAAACAGGCCGUGCAAAAUCGAGAAUAUGGUUAAGUGGUGUGGGUAUUUCUGACAUUCUCGAAGGAACUAUUCAAGGAGCAAUUCAUCAACAUAUGCAAAAUGAUCUGCAAGAUUUUGGUCGAUUGAUUUUAAUGUUAGCAUGUAAUUCGAUCGUCGGCGCACAAAAAGAACAUCUACAAACAUCAUUGGAGAUCGUUCAACGAAGUUAUACACCUGAUCUGAAGAAUCUAAUUUUACAUUUCUUGGUACCUUCGAACACCAUGAAACCAAGAAGUAUUAAUGAAUGUAUGCCAAUGAUAGGUGCAAGAUUUUAUGCACAUAUUGAUAGUUUACAUGUGCGAGGUGACAUCUUGGAAAACGAAUUAGCAAAAGAGCUUGAUUCUGGCCGUCUAUUUCGAUUGAUUUGUAAACUCAAUACUGUUCUCGAACGACCUGAAUAUUCAAUGAAUCAAGCUUGGUCAGAAACAGGUGAUCGUUAUAUUCUGAAAUUAUUUCGUGAUUUCGUAUUUCAUGCCAUUGGUUUCGAAGGUGAACCGAUUCUCGAUAUGGCACAUAUUGUUCAAUGUUUGAAUAAAUUCGAUGCUGGUUCACAUGAUAAAAUUUGUCUGACAUCACGCGACGAACAGAACGUUAUUAUUGUUAGUUAUUCGGAAUUGCACCAAGCAUUCGAACGCGCUUUUACCGAAUUGAUGAACUAUGGAGCAACAGGUGCAUCUUAA